AUGAACACUGAGAAAAGUCACUCAGGACUUAAUAAUGUCACAAGUGUUGGAAGUUAUUUGCAAACAGAAGAUCAUGAUGUUAAUUUAAAUGCUAUAUUAUCAAAUCCACAAAGUAUUGGAGAAGUUGGAACCUCAUUAACUAACGCACAGAAAGAUUAUGUUUUGAAAAGAUUACAUUUUGAUGCUUUAGAAUCUUUCCAAGAUUUACCACCUGAAUGUACUUUUAUUUUUGAAAAAAUUGAACAAAUGUCAACAGAAGAAGGAAUAGAAAUAUUGAAAGAGGCAUAUGAGGAGCACAAAGAUGAUGUCAAUGUACCAGAUCAUGAUUUAAAAUUAUGGAAAGCAUUAAUUGAUUACAAUUCAGGUGGUGUUACACAUUAUGAUGAAAAACAAAAUUCAGAUAAUUCAAUUGAUUUGAAGGGUGAUAAUGUUAAAGUUUCAACACUUUCUGAUUCAAGUGAAGAUAUUGAUUCUAAAAAUGAUCCUUCUACUGGUAAAGUUGAAAUAGUUGAUUGGAGUUUACAAGUCAGAUUAGAGGCUGUUUUACUUGCAUAUUGGUCACCUUAUCCAGAAGUUAGAGCUGUUACAUUUCCAUACGAUGAUCCAUCUAUUCCUGUUGAAACAAUAAGAGUUUAUAUUAUUGGUAUAAUUUGGACUGGGCUUGGAGCUGUUAUUAAUCAAUUUUUUACUGAAAGACAACCUAGUAUUUCACUUGCGGUAUCAGUUGUUCAACUUUUUUCAUAUCCUUGUGGUAAAUUUUUGGAAUGGGUCUUACCUAGCUGGAACGUCAAACUCGGGAAAUUUUCAUUCAAUCUUAAUCCUGGUCCAUAUACAUACAAAGAACAAGUUUUGGUUACUAUUUUCUGUUCCGUUACUGGUGGUGCUACAUCAUAUGUUUCUUACAAUAUUCUUAUGCAAAAAUCAGAAGUGUUUUAUGGUAAUAAAUGGGCUGAUUUUGGUUAUCAAGUUUUACUUAUUUUAUCAACCAAUUUCUUAGGUAUUGGAUUAGCUGGUCUUAUGAGAAAAAUUGCAGUAUAUCCAGUUCAAGCUUUAUGGCCUUCAAUCUUACCAGAAUUAGCAUUGAAUAGAGCAUUGUUAGUUCCAGAAAAGAAAGAAAACAUUAAUGGUUGGAAAAUAUCAGGUUAUAAUUUCUUCUUCAUUUGUUUCUGUGGAAUGUUUUUAUAUUUUUGGAUUCCAGAUUAUUUAUUUCAAGCAUUAUCUACUUUCAAUUGGAUGACUUGGAUUGCACCAAAUAAUAUGAAUCUUUCUGUUGUUACUGGUUUUGUUGGAGGUUUAGGUUUAAAUCCAAUCUCAACUUUUGAUUGGAAUAUUAUUGACUUUAAUGCAUGUUUACAAGUUCCAUUUUAUAAUCAAUCUAAUAUGAUUUUUGGUAUGUUCAUUGGUUUCUUUACUAUAUUGGGAGUUUGGUAUACAAAUUUCAAAUGGACUGGAUAUUUACCAAUUAAUAAUAACGGACUUUUUACAAAUACUGGUGAGCGUUAUCGUGUUACUGCCGUUGUCAAUGAAAACAGUUUGUUUGACAAUGAAAAAUAUCAAGAAAUUGGACCUCCAUUUUAUACUGCUGCUAAUUUAGUCGUUUAUGGUGCCUUUUUUGCUAUUUAUCCAUUCCAUUUUGUAUACGAGUUUAUUAUGCAAUAUAAACAAAUGAGUCAUGCUAUGGUUCAAUUAUGGAAAACAGUUAAAAACUUCAGACUUUCAACUUACGAUGGUUUCAAUGAUCCACAUAGUGUUAUGAUGAGAGCUUACAAAGAAGUACCAGAAUGGGCCUAUCUUAUUAUUUUAGUAAUUUCAUUAGUUUUGGCUAUCAUUUGUGUUAAAGUGUAUCCAGCUCAAACACCAGUGUGGGGUAUCUUCUUUGCUUUGGGUAUAAAUUUUGUCUUCCUUAUACCAUUAACAACUGUUAGUGCUAGAACUGGUUUCUCAUUUGGUUUAAAUGUUCUAGUUGAAUUAAUAGUUGGUUAUGCUAUCCCUGGUAAUGGUUUAGCUUUAGCAUUUAUAAAAGCGUUUGGAUAUAAUAUUGACGGUCAAGCAAAAAAUUGGGUGAAUGAUUUAAAAUUAGGUCAUUAUGCUAAAAUUCCACCAAGAGCUAUGUUUAGAUGUCAAACUCUUUCCAUUUUUGUUGCUUCAUUCAUACAAUUAGGUAUAUUGAAUUUCCAAAUUACUGGUAUUAAAGAUUACUGUGAUCCAUUAAAUAAACAAAAAUUUACAUGUGCCAGCACCAGAACAUUUUAUUCAGCCUCAGUCUUAUGGGGAGUCAUUGGACCUAAAAAAGUUUUUGAUCAUUUAUAUCCACUUUUAAGAUGGUGUUUCUUGAUUGGAUUUUUAUUAGCUUUCCCAUGUGCUGCUAUCAAGAAAUAUGGCCCUAGAAAAUACUUUAAAACUUUUGAACCAUCAAUUAUCAUAGGAGGAUUUUUGAACUUUGCUCCUUACAACUUAUCAUACUUUUUACCAGGGGUUUAUGUGAGCUAUGCGUUCAUGAUUAUAAUUUUCUUUGCUGUGCAAUAUCAUGAUAAAUCAAUUGACUGGUGGGGAAAUAAUGUUUCAUAUGGUGGAAUGGACGCGGAGAUUUUUUCAGUCGGUCGUCUUAAUGCUACCUUACAAGCUCCAGAUGGAUACUUUGGUCCAAGAAUUGGUCAUUUCCCAUAA